CAUUUAUCAAUCCAAAUAUAUAUAAAAAUCAUACAUAUUUUUCCCAGUAACAGAAAACAACGAUCGGCGUAGCUUCACCGGGAUUAUUUUUCCGGCCAUGGCGGAAAUCGACGUUCCUCACUACUUUAUCUGCCCGAUCUCCCUUCAGAUCAUGAAGGAUCCCGUCACCGCCGUCACCGGAAUCACCUACGACCGCGAGAGCAUCCAGGAGUGGCUGAGCACCGCCGGAAUCUGCCCCGUCACCAAACUGCCGCUCACUCCGGACCUAACUCCGAACCACAUGCUCCGCCGUCUGAUCCAGGCUUGGUGCACUGCCAACGCCGUCGAACGAAUCCCCACCCCCAAAUCUCCCCUCCACAAAUCCCUAGUUCGAAAAUUAAUCCGCGACGUCAAUAAUAAUUCCACCGGAAAAGACUCGAUUCGAUCGGCGGCGCUGAUGAAAUUGGCGGAGCUCGCCGGAGAAGGCGACUGGAACCGCCGGGUCAUGGCGGAGGCCGGCGCCGGAGAAGCAAUGGCUUUGUAUGUAAAAAGAGCCGUUAAUCGCCGGGAGUUUUUGGGGUUGGAAGAAGCGCUGAGGGUUCUGCAUCUGACGUGGACCGCCACGUCGGAUUUGCGUGGCGAUGAGAACAGCCUGGAAUUAAUCCGGACCGUUCAGUGGGUUCUGAAAAGUGCGGUCGGGAUUAAUACGGUGAGGACUAACGCGCUUUUGGCUUUGAAGGCGGUUUUUGAAAACGCGACUUUAGGUUUGAAGGAUAAAUUAGACGACGACUUGUUCUUUCUUUUGGCGGACCUUCUGCGCGACAGGAGCCUCUCGCCGGCGGCGAGGAAGACCGUUCUGAAUGUCCUGAUCGAGGCAUCUUCCGGCGGAAGAAACCGUGCGAGGAUCGUGGAAUCCGGCUUGGUAUUCGAAUUAAUCGAGAUGGAAUUAGGCAGUCCGGAGAAGAGGACGAGUGAGCUGAUUUUCGGUCUAUUGGCGCAACUCUGCUCCUUAGCCGACGGCCGGCAGCAACUGCUGAAGCACGCCGGCGGAAUCGCCGUCGUAGCGAAGCGUCUGUUGCGAGUGUCGCCGGCGACCGACGAUUGCGCGCUGUCCGUUAUGGAAUCGAUUGCGCGAUUCUCGGCGACGCGCGAGGUGGUGAUGGAGAUGCUGCGCGUGGGGGCGGUGUCGAAGCUGUGUAUGGUGUUGCAGGCCGACUGUGCGCCGCCGUUGAAGAAGAAGGCGAGGGAGGUGCUCCGGCUGCAUUCCGGCGAGUGGAGUAACUCGCCGUGCAUACAAGUUUAUCUUCUAACCAGAAACCCUAGAUGACGUGUAUAGUCACGUAUGAUUUUCCUGCCAAUUUUUAUUUUUAUUUUUUGUAAAACUGAUAUAAAAAUAUAUUAAAAAACGUAAAUUUACACUCUUAUUAGAUAGGGGUAUAUAAUUAUAUAAUUUUUUUUUUUUUUUAAGAAAAAAUGAA